CGUGCCUGAGUGUAAAUAAACAGUUCAUCGUGGGUCAUGUGGAUGCUAACAAAUUAGCCUCGACAAACUGUGAAAAACGACAUGACAGCUGCAGGAUAUGUGAUGUUUAUAUGUGAAACGGGUAGCGGAGUAGGUAACACAUGAGUAAAUGUGAUCCAAUGUGGUAGAAAGAAUCUGAGAGUAAAUAUUUUGAGCUAAUGGCUAAUCGUAAAUGAAUCUUAUCUGGAACUGUCACCUUCCUGGAUCUCUUUCGAAAGGGACCAAUAUUGAAGUGAAUUAACAAUUCUUCUUCAUCCUCUCAAAAUCAUAAUUACAAAUGAGAUACAGAGGGGUCCAGUUGUGCGUUUUAUCCCGUAGUUUCUCUGUGAACGGUUCCAGACCAGCCCUCACUACUGUAGUACGGUUCUACAGUGAUGCCCCAAACCUCAAACCUCCAGAAGGAAAUGACCGGAGAGGAGCAGAGGCUGUCAAAGAGAAGGCCCUCACCACUCUACAGAGUGCAGCAGCUUUGGGUCGGCAGUGGGCUCACAGCUCAUCUCAGGCGCUCAGCUCGACUCUGAACUCGUGGUGGAGUCAAUAUGAAGAGUUUGUGGGAAUCAACGAGGUCCGGGAAGCGCAGACCAAAGUCACACAGGCUGAGGCAGACUUCAUGGUGUCCCGGUCGGUGGUCAGAGAGGCUCAUGUGAAUGUGGAGGCACUGCAGCUCAGACUGAAGGAGGUCAGAGAGAGACUGGAGCGAGUGUCCAGAGAAGAGCCACACUAUCUGGAGCUGGCCACCAUAGAACACAAACUACUACAGGAGGACCGGAGGCUGCGCUCAGCCUAUGAGCUGGCAGAGGGGUCUGAAAGGGAGAAGUUUGCUUUGUUUUCUGCUGCGGUGAGAGAGAGCCACGAGAAGGAGCGCACCAGAGCCGAACGGACCAAGAACUGGUCUGUGAUUGGGUCGGUGCUCGGCGCCAUCAUCGGGGUCAUGGGGUCCACCUACGUCAAUAGGGUCAGACUGCAGGAACUUAAGAGUUUGUUACUUGAAGCUCAGAAGGGACCAGAAAACCUCCAAGAAGCUUUACGUGUCCAGGCCACGAACCACCGAACGCAGCAAGAUGAACUAGGCUCUCUUAUCAACCAGAUGAGGCUCUCUCUGCACAACUUCACAAACAAUGACAAAAACACUGAAACCACUCCACAAAUUCCACCCAAUAUUGUGUCCUUAAACUUUGAUUCUGCAUUGCAACAUCUCCAAGAGGGACAGCAACUUGUUCAAAAUAGUUUAAACGGACUAAAACUUAACUUGGAGUUGGUACAAAAUGAUGUGACAAUUGUAAAAAAGGUUGUAAGUGAACACAAAGUUGUUGCAAAACCGGAAAAGACAAAGAAAGUUGAAAUUUUAACCGGAGAAACGUUAAAAGAAGAGAUUUGGGUGAGAAAUUUGGAAGAAUCACAGAGAAACUUGCAUGUGAAGAUAAGGGACAGUGUGGUGUACAAUGCUGUGGUGGUUUAUACUGCCAGUGCCUUAGCUGUAUCUGUGCUCUAUCUGCUGCUGAGAGGAGCCACGCCAUAAAGAAACUAGACCGGGACUAGAUCGAGGCUAGACCGAGGCUAGACCAGGAUUAGACCGAGACUAGACGGGAACUAAACCAGAACUAAACCAAGAGUGAAUCAGAACUAGACCAGGACUACUAGACAGAGACUUAGGGCCGAGACUUAGGGCCGAGACUUAGGGCCGAGACUUAGGGCCGAGACUUAGGGCCGAGACUUAGGGCCGAGACUAGACCGGGUCUAGACCGGGUCUGACAUAGGACUAGAACAGGACUGGAUCAGGACUGACUAAAUUGUCUGGGACAGGACUGAACGAGGACUCAACCAGGACUAAACUUGGUGAGGGACAGGACUAAACCUGCAUCAGGACAAAAAUAGGACCAUGUUGACUAAACAAAGUCCUUAGUCCUUAUAAAGUUCCAGCGCUACACAGGGGAUGCACAGAUAUAAAUACUGGUUUCCGAUAUCCGCAACGAGUCAGGAAAUUUGGCUGGAUCGAGUAUUGGCCCCAUAUUGGUGCAUCUCUAGGCUACCCUUUUUUUAGGGUUUAAGAUGAACUAAACCAGAAGAUACUAAAAAAGAUUAGUGAUGCUGGUAAUGUGUAACACUCUAUUACCAGCUUUAAAUAAUAAAUAGACUUGUACACUGGGGAGAAACAAUGCUAUAAGAUAGAUUUGCUGUGUAAAAUGUGCUCUUUAUACAAACUGUGAUUUACAUAUAAUGAUAAUAAAUGUAGCUGUGUAUAAAUCUUUUCUUUAAUUACAUUUAGUAAUGAAAUCACCCAAAAUGCAUUGUUAUUUUGAAAAUUUGUCUUUACUAUUUGGUCACGUAUGAAAGCAAUUUAUGUGCCAACCACUAGAGGGCAGACAUGCAUUUGGAUUGAAAAUAGAAGUGUUACUUGGAUGCACAGAAAGGGGGGGGUGUGAUGCUAACUGUAGGCAUUGCUCUGUCUGAAGCUCUUAGACUUUGAUCUGAGCUUUAUUUUUAAAACAAUCUGAACAGAAAGAGCUGAUUUCACUCCCACCUUUUUGUUGAAAAUCUAACCGAACCAUGAACGCUCAUAUUGAUUACAGCAGAUUCCGGAAAGGCUCUAAGCAAACUCUAAAUUCAUUUUGUAUUUUGUCUUGAGUUUUCAUUCUAUAAAUGAAUGAAAAAAUUAAAUUAAAUCUAUUCAAA